AUGCACAUAAAUUUAUGCUUGCCUUUGCAAUGGUGGUCGGCUUUAUUUGUGUUUGGUGUGCCACGCGCAGAGGCCUGUCACCCUUAUGAACCGUUCAAGUGUCCUGGUGAUGGUAAUUGCAUUUCAAUUCAGUAUUUAUGUGAUGGCGCGCCCGAUUGCUCUGAUGGCUAUGACGAGGAUUUGCGACUUUGUACGGCAGCUAAACGCCCACCUGUUGAGGAGACUGCCUCUUUUCUGCAAAGUCUAAUUGCUUCACAUGGCCCCAAUUAUUUGGAAAAGCUGUUCGGCAGUAAGGCACGUGACGCGCUCGCUCCCUUGGGUGGCGUGGAGAAGGUUGCCAUAGCCUUGAGCGAAUCACAGACGAUUGAAGAUUUCGGCGCAGCAUUACAUUUAAUGAGAUCUGAUUUGGAGCACUUACGAUCAGUUUUUAUGGCUGUUGAAAAUGGCGACCUUGGAAUGUUGAAGUCCCUGGGCAUCAAAGACUCCGAACUGGGCGACGUAAAGUUCUUUUUGGAAAAAUUAGUGAAUACCGGUUUCCUAGACUGAGUGGCGCCAGAUCCCGCUUCUGGAUUUUAUUAUGCACACGCACAACCAAUCAAUCCCAGCUUCUAUUCGUACUUAGGCACGCCCUACGACAACUACAACUACUAAGCAAAUGGUAGUGGCAGAAUAGUAGAGUGGCGCCCGAUUAACGAAUAAGAACCGAACAUUCAUAACGCAUACAUACAAACACAUACAGAAUACAAAUAAACAAAGAAGAAAAACACAAAACAGUUACAAAUACAGGCAGAUACGGUGCGAUGACAACAGCGAAAACAGACGAAGAAAAAUAGAACACAAAUGAAAAUAGUAGUUGAAAUAAUAAUUUUUUCUCAAAUUUUAAAAGAAAGGUAAAAUAUUUAAAAUCAAAUUUAGUUUUUUCCUAGGUUUACAUUGUUUUAUAUUUUAUGUCAUGUUCUUUUAAGUACGUCUGCAAACCUUUUAUAGAAAAGAUUAAGGAAAAUAACAAAAAAAUUGCAAAAACUUAUAUGUGACCAAAAAAAUCUAUCUCAUUUUUUCUUGUGAAUUCAAUCAAAUAAAAUAAAAAAUAUGUGACGAAAGGUGGGAGUAAGGGAGUAAGGGAAAAGAGAAGUUGAAGAAGUAGAAGUAGAAAUUUUAAUGCGUAAAACCAAAACACUUUUAAAAGAAACUCGUGGAAGUAGUAUAAAAUAGUUUGUAAAAGAUAUAUAAAAAAAUACUUGAAGUAAAAAAACUAAAAAUUCAAAUUGACGUAGUCACUUGAUUUACUGCUAUCUACGUAAAUAUGUAUAUGUAUUCGUUAAUAUUACAAUAUUUUUGCGCAAAAUUUUAACACACUUUGCUAAAUGUUGCUUUAUGUUAUGCAAAACCGUGCGCUAUUUUGAAAAUUUAAAUUUGAGAGAAAAAAUUAAAUAAACUAACAACAACAAAAGUAUGAAAAAUUCAAUGGUUUUCAGUGGUAUCUCAAUGUGUACAUUACAAUUCAAUCAUAAAAAUAAUAAAAUGUGGAAGCAGGAUCUAUGAGAACAAUGAAAAAAAAAUACAUAGGUAUAUAAAAAACGUAUAAAAGGCAUAUAUGUGAAAAUAUAUAUAGCAAAUGUUAAAUGAUUUAAAAAUAAAAAAAUUAAGACUAAAGCAGCAAAAAGCAUAUGUAGAACAAAACAAGAGAAUUAUGCAAGCAAGUUAAAUAUACACCCAUUAAAUAGCGCAAUGAAGCCUGUCCAAGGCUAGCAGUGUGCAAACUUCAAUGUAUUGCAAAAAAACAAAACCCAUAUGAAAAAAUGGUAAUUAAAUAAUGCAAGUACAAGUUAAAAAAAAUAAUGAUUAAAAAAAUACUUCUAAUGUUCUAUUCGACUAUUUAUGAGCAUAACUUGUGUCGUACAAUCUGUAUGCAUAUAUUGUAUUUUACAAUGGCUAUCAGUAAAUACCUUCCAGCUAAAGAAAAAACAAGGACACUUUUUAAAUGAAAGAAUUAAAUAAAUUUAAUAUUUUCUUUAUUUUUUUUUAAGCAAAACCCUCGUCUAAAUUAAAAGGUGAAUAAUAGUGAAGAGGGACUAGACAAAGAAGCCUAUAAAUUUUCAGAAAAAAAAAUGAUUUUAUUGUAUUAAAUUAAAAAAAAAAUUUUAAAUUAUUUUAUUAAAUUAAAAAAGGUGUUUAAAAUUAAAAAUUUUAAUAAAAAUUUAAAAUAGAAAGAAUUUGUGAUUUAAUUUUACUACUUUGAAUUAAAAAUAUUUCUUUUUUCGAAAAAAUAAAAUCCACUCUUGAAUUGUUAAAAAAUAGCAAACAUAAAUUAAGAAAAUAAAAAAAACUGUUUUAUUUUUUUUAAUUCAAAAUUUUCGAAGUUAACUAAUUCUAAAAUUGGAAAAAACAAAAUCCACGCUCGAAUUAGCUGUUGAAAAAAAGCAAAGAUAAACUAAGAAAAUGAAAAAACUUUAUAUUUUUAAAAAUUAAACCAACUAAAAAUUGCAAAAUCUUUUUAAUUAAAAUAGAAAAAAAUUGUCUUUCAAUUUUACUAAUUUUAAAUUAAAAAUAUAUAUAUCUUUUGGAAAAACAAAAUCCAUUCUCGUAUUAGUUGUUCAAAAUUUGUUCGUAUUAGUUGUUCAAAGUUGUUCAGCAAAGCUUAAGUUAGUAGAAAAUACGGAGGAAAAUGCAAAAUCAAAGUACUUUUUAUUUUUCCAACGAAAAAUUGAUUAAAAACAGAAAAAUUAUACCUAUACAUAAACAACUUUUUAAAAAUCAUUUUUUUAAACCCUCUCUAAAAUUAGUUGUUGAAAAAUGGCGAUGAAAAACAAAGCAGGAAGUCAGUCGAGAUUAGAGAAAUCUCCUUUAGAGUAGUGCGCCGGAUAUUUACAGGAGUUAUGCAACAGCGGCGAUAAAUGAAAACGAUUAAGUCUUGUACUCAUACAUUAAAUCACUUUACAUAUCAAUGUGCAAAAUUUUGCAUCGGUGUAUUAUUUUCAAAGUAGUGGUAAUUAAAAAAAUAAUUAAAAUAAACU